UACAAGCGGCACGCCGUCUCCCAGUUCCAAUGCGGCUACUGCUUCUACCGCACCCGGCAGAACGCGUACAUGCACGAGCACCAGCGUCGCUGGCACGGUGACAUGCCCACCUACUUCUUGCAAUCGGACCCGGCCAACCCGCCGCCCGGCCUCAACGCCUCGCACCUGGUGGAGACGGAGAUGGUGGGGGAGUCCAGUCUCACGCCGUACAUCUGCGCGCAGGAGGGCUGCGACAGGGCGUUCAUCAAGGCGGCCGUGCUGGAGAACCACUACCGCGAGGCGCACCCGAGCGUCGUCUCUUUCCCGUGCCACAUCUGCGGCUGCAAGGUGGCCACCUUCGGCGCUCUGAUCGGGCAUUACGUCGGCCAUGGCUACGUGGCCUAUCACUGCGCGUACUGCAGCUACGCACACCAGGAGCAGAACGUCGUCAAGAAGCAUCUCAUCGACUUUCACCCAGAUGAUCCACCCAAAUGCUACGCCAGGAUCCCCAAGCUGCCGCACCGGCCCGUGCUGUUCCGGCCGCUGCGCUGCAAGCACUGCCCGUACAGCAGCAAGGUGACGCGCAACCUGCUGAAGCACCUGCUGCGGCACCGACGCACCGGCGAGCGCGCCGAGCUACCGGUGGCGUGCCCGACCAACCCGCGGCCCUGCGACUACCGGGGCGACAAGAUGUUCGACCAGAUGGCAAACCUGGCCAGCAGCUCGGGAGAGGAGGUGUCCGAGGACAAGCGCUACAUCUGCAGCCUGCCCGACUGCGUGUACCUGACGCUGAACGACACCAUGCUCAAGUACCACAUCCAGGCGCUGCACGGGCAGAUGAUCACGUACCCGUCGUACGCAAGCUCGGUGCGCUCCGCCUUGGACCUGCACUUCGCUGCCAAGCACCCGAGCGAGGCGGUGAACGUGUUCGCCAUCUACUACCGGCUGGACGAGGUGGACGCCGAGGCAGCCGUCAAGGUGGAGCACUGCCAGCCGAUCUGGACGCGCCACAACCCGCGCCGCAUCCGUCAUGUGCGUGGCAUCCUCAUCGAGGAAGUGAAGGACGAACAGGAAGAGGAGAGGGAGGAGACUGAGGAGACGAAGGAGGGAAAGGAGACUGAGAAGGUGAAGGAGUCGAAGGAGUCGCCGGCCGCCGGUUGCGUGAAGGCCGAGGGGGCGCCGCACGCCGCCACCGAGGACGAGUUCCUCUCGCUGUACGAGACCAAGUCGUGCGAGCUCGGACCCACGGGCGAUGCCGAGGGAAAGCAGUUCGUGUGUCCGAAGUGCACCAAGUACAAGACGAAGCGGAAGAUGGACUUCGCCAGGCACCUCCACAAGGAGCUAGGGUAUAAUCGCUUCGUGUGCGGAAACUGCGGCCACAUGAACACGAACCUGCCCAACAUGAAGCGGCACCAUGAGAUGGCGCACAAGACGGCGCGCCUGCCCGAGGCGAUCGUGCCACUGACGCCCGACUCGGCCAUAGAGCAGUGGAUUCAGUCGGUGUUGGACCACCAGGAGCAUCAGAUCGAAGGCACUGCUCCGAGCGACCAGCCGACAGCAGAGCCCAAGCUGGAGGCCAAGUCGGAGCCGGAGUCCAAGGCGGAGUCCAAGCUGGAGCCCAAGCCGGAGCCGGGGUCGGUGUCCGCCAGCCCGGCCGACACGUCCAAGACGCAGCCGGUGUACAAGUGCUCGUACUGCUCGGAGCGGGGCACCAUCCCCGUGCUGCGUGGGCACUGGAAGACGCUGCACAGCCACCUGCGCUUCAAGGUGAUACGCCAGGCGCGCCGCUACGUCUGCAAUCACUGUGACUUCCAGUCGGCAAAGAUGCCCGGCAUCCGGGCGCACAUGGCGUCGCGACACCCGGACCAGCCGGCCACCGACUUCCAGACGCGCACGCACGACCGCGAGACGCGCUUCAAGUGCGGCUGGUGCCGCGAGCGCUUCCUGACGCGCGACAAGGCCACCAGCCACCACCAGGUGUUCCAUUCGCACCUGGAGCUGAAGCUAGACACGUACGCGGCGCGCGGUCUGCCGCAGGCGGUGGGCGCGGCGCAGGCGGAGACCACGGAACCGGCGGCCAGCGCCGAGCCGGAGUAUCAGAAGAUGAAGCGCGUGGUGCGUGGCAGGGACGGGCCGCGCGUCGGGUCGCCGGCGCCCUCCGACGCGACCACAGGCAGCCGCGGCACCAAGCGCUACUCGGAGGUGACGACGCAGCUGACGCUGGGCGGCGCCAGCGCCAUGCGCGUGAACGUGCCGACGCUGGCACAGAUCGUCAAGCUCUACCCGCGUAUCGCCGUGGUCGAUCUGAGGAAGAAGAAGCUUCAGUUCGACGGGCCGCGCUGGCUGUGCGGAGCCGUGCUCAUCACACGCUGGCACGCCCUGACGGCAGCGCACUGCGUGCGUUCGCACACAGCAGGGGAGCUGGUGCUGCGGCUGGGCGAGUACAACCUUUCGUCGACGACCGACGGGCAUCACCAGGACUUUGCCGUGCUGCGCAGCAUCGCGCAUCCGAACUCGCGCAGACGACAGAACGAUCUGGCGCUGCUGCGGCUGGACGGCACGGUCACCUUCAGCAGGCUUAUGCAGCCCAUCUGCUUGCCGGAGGCGGACAAAACGACCGACGGCAACGGCGACUAUCUGCUGGUAGCCGGCUGGGGUCGGCUUUCGUUCGCGGGCGCCGACACGCCCGUGCUGCGGGAGGCGCCGCUGUCGCUGGUGCCCUCGGCCCAGUGCGAGGCCACCUACCGCCAGCUGCCGAGCUUCGACGACUCGUUCCCGGACGGCGGCUUCAACGGCACCAAGCUGUGCGCGGCGGACCCGGAGCAGGCCGGCGCCGACGCCUGCCUCGGCGACUCGGGCGGGCCUCUCACCGUGUUGAGAUCCGACGGCUGGUACGAGCUCAGCGGACUCGUGUCGUUCGGCGUCGGCUGCGGAGAUCCAGACUUCCCCGGUGUGUACACGCGCGUCUCCAGCUACGUGGACUGGGUGGUCGACAUGAUAGCCAGCGAGAAGGGCCCGCACACCUCUGACCACGCACACGUCUGA